UGUGGGCGCUGGGGGAGGUCGGAACCUUUUCGCAGACGCACUGGCAAAAGAGUUGUUUACAAACAGCAAAGUGUCAGAAAAACACGAAAUCGUUGGCGGAAACCAGCAGAUGUUUUCCUCAACAGCAUGGAGGUUCAUAACAGUCUUUAGCGAACACAAGUUACAUCCUCGAGUGACAUCUUCAGUGUGUCUGUGGGGGCAGUGAUAUAAAGCUGAGCAGGUGCAGUGUCUAAGUUCCAUCGAGGUGUUGGCUGUGGGCAGUCAGCAGGACACAUGGCAGAGGAAGGCAACAAGCUGACACUGAGGCGCCUGGAGGCACCAAUCCACAAGUUCAUUAAAGUGGCUCUACCCACGGACCUGGAGAGGCUGCAGAAACACCACAAUAACAUACUGAAGUACCAACAAAGCCAGCAAUGGGACCGGCUUCAUCUGGAGCAUAUCAACGCCAGCAGAACGGUUCAGCAGUUGAGAGCUAACGUCAGAGAGAUGGAGAAGCUGUGCACGCGAGUUCGUGCUGAAGACGCUGACGCUUUGGAAGCGCUUGUCAGGCCAGUCAGAGAUCGGGCAUCAGCCGCCGCACGAGACUUCCUGCUUUUGCACUCUAACCCCGUGCCGCAGCCUGCGCCAGCGACACCACCUGCCGCUCAGCCGUCCAGCUGUGUGUCCAGCAGUUGCCACGCUGAUGACAAUAUGUGCGAGCAAAUUCAGCUUUACCUUCCAGAAAUCCCUGCUGAUCAGAGCGCGGCUGAGUCCUGGGACAACCUGGAAGAGGAUCUGAAGGAACUGAGUGGUUUGGUGACGGAGUUCUCUCUGCUCGUCCAUUCCCAGCAGGAGAAGAUUGACAGCAUAGAAGACAGCGUCAACACAGCCACUACCAACGUGGAGGAGGGGACCAAGAGCCUGGGGAAGGCGGUUGGCUACAAGUUGACGGUGUUGCCGGUUGCCGGGGCGUUGCUGGGCGGUGUGUUAGGAGGUCCACUUGGCCUGCUGGCUGGAUUCAAAGUUGCAGGGCUGGCUGCGGCUCUGGGAGGGGGGGCCCUGGGCUUUGCAAGUGGAAAACUGGUCCAGAAACACCGCAAAGCCCAAGUGGAUCUACAGAUGAAACAACUGACAGCGCCGCCGGAGUCAAACAAGGACAAAUGACCCAACAGUUCUGGUCCGGCCUCUGACUCCAAGUCCCGACUAAUUGCCGAAGCGCCAGUGUUGACCGACCAAUCAGAAGCACAGACUGGACCUCAGGCGGCAUCACAGUGCCUUAAAGAGACGUCAUUGGGCUUUGCUGGACACAUGCACUGUUGUAAAAACAAUUCUGCAAUAACAGCUGGAUGUUCGGGUGUGAAUGGUUCGUCUGUGAGGACGUCUAUCUCAGUUUAGACACACAAAUUAUUUUUGAAUUCUGAACUACAUAUUUUAUUGUGUGUCAGCAUGACAUCGCAUCUAUUUACUAAAAUACAUCUUUGUAUUCUUUCAAAUGCCAUCACUAAAGCCUCAGUUAUACCUUUCUGUAAGGAUGCUGUGACGAACCGGUGCCGACACUCGCAACCCCUGUGGAUGUAUCGAGCAUGAAUCAUGCCGUUUAUUAGAACUCCGGUUGUUCCUCAAGCUAGCCACUUUUCUUCCCAUUAUUCUUUUUCAGCAUUUCCUUUAUGCAGAAAAUAAUAUCCGAAUGUGAACAGCUGCACUACAAUUAUACAUGGAGAGAAAUAAUGUGGUGUUACAUUCAAUUAAAGUGUUUAAGUGGAAAUGCUUCAAUGUUUGCAUUAAUUAUACUGUUUAAAGAUACUUACUAUACUGCUUUUGCAACUUGUCAGCGGAAAACUGUACAUAAAGCACCAAAGUGCCACUAUCCAGAUCACUUCAGGGACUGGAGUGGAACAAACUGCCAUGUAUUGAUGAUACUGAUGCAAAUAAAAUGUUUCUAUUCAA